AUGAAAGCUCUAGACUUAACGGAUGCCGAUAUCUCACCGCAAUUUCCAUCUCGCAAUGGUUCAUGCAAGACAAUCAGUGAUUCCAGACAGACCAAGCUUCUGUCUAGCUUCUACAAGAUCGAUGUCGAUGCCGAGACUCAAUUCUACGAGAACAACAUACGUGCGUUGCUUCUCAUUGCGAACAAGGGGGAAAUCAAGAAGCUGAUCGAGACUCUGAUCAGCCAUGAACAAUGCAGCCCGUUGAAGAUUGCACCUAAGAUGUUGGAGGUGGCUAGCACCGUCUUUCAGUAUCCAGCCAUCGUUCACAAUGGCGAUACCAGCAUCAAUCUCCACAAGUCGCGGAUCGAGGGCACGAAUCUUGAAGAAACUCCGCGAUGGACACUGAAGGACCGCAACUCCUUGGAACAUGGUCUACCAAGCGAUCCUGGUGUUAGUGCUUUCCUCAUCCAGCUCGAAAACGAAGACAAUGAUUGCCAAAGAGGAUCAUCUAUUACAGGGACGUACUCCAAGGUGGUUGAGACCGAAGUUAGUGCUGUCAAACGGGCAUUCGUGAAACUUCGCACAUUGAAGAAGUGGAAGGAAGACAUCAAGGUCACGACCAUCGUGGCGACGAAGCGACAUUAUGCACGCUUCUACCCGAUCGAAAAAGAAGACAAAGCGGGCAAAUGCGGCAAUUACCAGCCCGGGAUUGUCGUAGACACCACAGUUACUAGCCCCUACUUCACAGAGUUCUUCCUCCAGGCCCACAGCGAACUUCAAGGUACUACAAAACUAGCAGACUACUUCGUAGUGAAAGACGACGUGAACUGGAACGUGACAAAUCUCGCUGCCCUUGCCCCACCAGCAUACUACGCCGACAAACUCUGCGAACGCGGCCGCAUCUAUCUCCGCAACUUCCUGACCGGCAACCCCAGCGUUCACGGGUCUCUGCGCGAAACCAAGACGGCGGCAGAACAGGUUCGGCGCAAGAUGAGAGACGCUAAAUUCAAACCGGUCAAAGAGAAAGCGAUCAAAGCUAACAAGUUCUGGCCGAGAAAGUCUACGGCAGAGGAGGUUAUGGAGGGUUUGCAUAGGGAUCAGGUGGCGAAGAUCUGUAGGGAGGAGGCGAUGAAGGAGGCCAGGAAGGUUUGGAAGAAGUAUGUUGAGAGAAGCAGGAAGACUCCGUGGAAGGCGACACUUGAUGGGAUGAUGUUUUGA